CAACAGCGCGUCAGCUGAGCGCAGGGGUCAGGUGUCGGUUGGGAAAUGUCCUCCAAACUAGUCUGAAAAACGUGGAAGACUUGACCUGACGUUCAGAGAUGGAGGAUGGAGAUGUUUUGGACCAGCAGCUCCUCCUUUAUGCCAAAGAGGGAAACUCUUCUCUGAUUAAGAAGUUACUUCAGGCUAGAAUGAGCCAAAGCAGCUCUCUCAAUAUUAACUGCAGAUCUCAGUCGCAAAGCACUCCAGGAUGGACAGCCCUCCACCUGGCCUCCAGCUUUGGCUACAGAGAAGUUGUGGAGGAGUUACUUAAGGCAGGGGUUGAUGUGAAUUUGCAGGAAUGUCUGGGUGACACACCUUUACACAAGGCAGCCCAAUCGGGAAGAAAGGAAAUUGUUUUGUUGCUCCUGCGAUAUGAUGCCCAUGCCAACAUAAUUAAUGGAACGGGUCGAAUUCCUAAAGAUGUCACAGAUGAUGAUGAAAUCCACACAAUGCUGGAAGCUGCAGAAAGACGAGAGAUUAAACAACGAGAGCAGAAGCUUCUGGAAGCUGCCAGAGAGGGGAAUCUUCACACUCUGGCUACGCUGCUCAGUGACAAAGGGCCUCCAGACAUCCACUGCAGGGAUUCAGUGGGAAACACGCCAUUACACUGUGCAGCCUACAGGGGGCAGAAGCAGUGCAUUUUAAAGCUGCUCAAGUGUGGAGCCAGCCCAAAUGUCAAAAACAGCUAUGGUCAGACGGCACUGGACCUGGUUUGCACUGAUGAAUUAAAACACAUUGUGGGAGCAUACCAAGACAAGUACAUGAAAUGUGCAACACAGAAGUUUGAGGGCCCGCUUUGGAAGAGUUCAUAUUUUCUUGGAUGGCGAUCAUACUGGGUGGUCAUCGAGAAUGGAACCAUUUCCUGGUACAAGAAACGAUCAGAUGCACAGACUGGUGUCAGAAAACAGGGCUGUAAAGCUCUGGCACAGUCCUACUGCAUGGUCAAACUGUGGGAUCACUGCUUCUUCAUGCUCAGAUGCUUUGAUGACACUGUGCAUCACUUCAGGGUCCCUUCCAAGAUCAACUCUGUGGCACAAAGAAAAAGGUGGUUGGAUGCUUUAGAAGAACACGCAGCCUACAGCACUCGUCACUCCGCACACGACCUCGUGAUUUAUGACGGAGUUGAUGAUAGUGAUGUGGAAAUGGGAAACCUGGCCCAAGCUGUUCAGGCAGCGAAGGUCAGCCAGCAGACACUGGAAAGUGAAGUGUCAAUAUUUGGCUCUAUGGUGAAGAAUGAAGAAAAUUCUGCAUUGGCUGCUCCUCUUCUGCUGAAAGCCAAAGAGACCUGUGACCUCACCAGUCAAACUUGUGCUGCUCUUCAUCUCUGCCUUGAAUUACUGUCGAAACAAGAAGAGGUGUGGAGUCUGAAAAUAGAGCAGGAGGAGGAGAAGAACAAAGCUCUGGCAGAAGCCCUCCAAACUCUAGCAACUGAGCAUCAAGAACUUAAGAGUUGCUUUAAUAAGAGCGGAAGGUUUUCCACCCUCGAAACCCUCACAGAAGAUGACUUCUAUGAUGCUGUGUCAGAAUCGGAGUCGGAGCUCUCUGUGAGCGGCUUCCUGUCUGUGGCCAGUUUCUCCUACGACGAGGACGAGGGCAGAGACUCCCGCCUUUUCAACAGCCUCAGCCAUCCAAGCGCGCACGGGGGGGCUGCCGGAAUGUCAGACGAAGGUAACCAAGGCAACCGACCAGCCCAAUACAAUGGCGUCAAGAAGCACAGGACGUCUCUGCCAGCUCCCAUGUUUUCCAGAAAUGAUGUCAGCAUUUGGAGCAUCCUGAAAAAAUGCAUCGGCAUGGAGUUAUCAAAGAUCACCAUGCCGGUGGUUUUUAACGAGCCUCUGAGUUUCCUGCAGAGACUGACGGAAUACAUGGAGCACACCUACCUCAUCCACCAGGCUAAUGCAGCCACAGACUCUCUUGAAAGGAUGAAGUGUGUUGCAGCGUUCGCUGUGUCCGCUGUCGCAUCACAGUGGGAAAGGACAGGGAAACCCUUUAACCCGCUUUUGGGCGAAACAUAUGAGCUGAUCAGAGAUGAUUUGGGGUUCCGAUGGGUGUCGGAGCAAGUAAGUCAUCACCCUCCCAUCAGUGCCUUUCACGCUGAGGGCUUCCAGGAGGAUUUUGUCUUCCAUGGGUCCAUUUAUCCUAAACUCAAGUUCUGGGGAAAGAGUAUAGAGGCUGAGCCCAAAGGAACCAUUACACUGGAACUUCCCAAAUAUAAUGAGGCUUAUACUUGGACAAACCCCACCUGUUGUGUGCAUAACAUCAUCGUUGGUCAGCUUUGGAUUGAGCAGUAUGGCAAUGUUGAAGUGGUCAAUCACAAAACUGGUGAGAGAUGCAACUUGAUGUUCAAGCGAUGUGGUCUCUUUGGGAAAGAGCUCCACAAAGUUGAGGGAUAUAUUCUAGAUAAAAGUAAAAAGAAGCUCUGCGCGAUAUACGGCAAAUGGACCGAAUGUCUGUAUGUCGUGGAUCCUGCAAUUUAUGAUGCCAACAAAAAGAUGGAUAAAAAGAAUUCAGAGGAAAAGAAGAGCAACAAGGAGACUCAGAACAGUGUUGAUGAAGAGGCAGAGGAGAUGCCUCCACCGGUUGCUGAGACUGUUCAGGUCAUCCCCGGCAGUGAGCUCAUCUGGAAGAUAACUCCUCGACCGGAGAAUUCAGCCAAGUUUUAUGCGUUUUCCACGUUUGCCAUGCAGCUAAAUGAGCUUGACAAGAUCAUGGAGGGAGUUCUUCCUCCCACAGACAGUCGUCUCAGGCCGGAUAUUCGUGCCAUGGAGAACGGAGACAUGGAUCUAGCAAGUGGAGAGAAGAAAAGACUGGAGGAAAAACAACGCACAGCCCGGAAGAAUCGCUCAAAAUCUACAGAGGAGUGGAAAAUAAGGUGGUUUCAGCAGGGAACCAACCCUCAUAACAAAGCUCAGGACUGGAUCUACCUUAAAGGCUACUGGGACCGGAACUACACCCAGAUGCCUGAUAUUUACUAAAUGGAAACUGUGCAAAUUUGAAUGCAGACUGCUGUGUCACCUCAAAAAUGUGUCUGCUGCUCUGUGAAUGCAUUCACACACACACACACACACACACACACACACACACACACACACACACACACCCACCCACACACACACACACACAUAUAUAUAUAUAU